AUGUUGCUAGUUGGUAGUAUAAGGCACCAAAUGGAUCGCAAUCUUUUUGUAUCCUUUCUGCCCAUUACUUUAGACUCAGAUGUUGACAAUUUUGCCGCCGAAAAUCUUCUCUCACACGAGGAAUCUACCACACCGACACGAGCCAGCAGUCCAACCACUAAGCUGGGCAGUUCUACUGUCAAGCUUGCACCAACUCCUGCAUCUCAAGACACUUCCACCUCUACAAGCUCCAGUUCCAUAGCUCCAACAGCGAAAAUGAGCUCAGGUGAAUCUAUUCCAGUCGGAAGUGGAGAUGAGAUUAUAGUGGCCAGUUAUUCAGCUGCUCACCCGCGUGCUUUGACGCCUUCUGGGUCUAGUGGCUCAUCAUCGAAAGGACUAGCUGGCAAGUUGUUUCCGAAUAUGCUGCGGCGAAUGUCACGGCGUAACAAUAGUUCACGUAGCGAGACUCAGAAGGAUAAGCCUACCUGA